UAAUACUCGUUAAAAGAAGAAAAUAUUGAUAUAAACGCUUUAUCAAAGCACACUGAUAUCGCAUUAUGGUGUCAUAGCUAGAGCCACUUUCAUUUAAUCUUCCGCCCUAAGUGGGUUAACACAUAGAAUUUUCUUAGAAAAUCGCAGCUUCAAAAAACGACGAAUUUGCAAAAUAUACGCGUAUUUCAACUUUUGAGUUGAACAAUUUGUUAAUUUAAAGGUUUUUAACCUUAAAAUCACGUGAUGUUGUUGACAACUUUCAACAGUGAUUGUUAACUGUUCCAAAUCCAUUAAUAUGCAGUGCACAUUGGGACCAUGAUGAGUACCAAAAGAGAUGUUGGCAUUUCUGUUGGCAUUGGCUUCAUCACCAUGGCGGUUUAUGUGAAUACCCUCUAUCCAUCACUACCAGGAGGCGAUUCAGGAGAACUCAUUCUUGCUGCCCAUGAGUUAGGGGUUGCUCAUCCUCCUGGUUAUCCUGUCUUUACACUGCUGGCUCAUGUUGCCAUGGUGAUUGUGCCGUUUGGAAACAUUGCGUGGAGAGUCAACCUUCUUUCUGCUAUGUUUGGUUCUGUGUCUGCUGCUACGAUCUAUCAGACAUCAGCAAAACUGACAGGUUCAGUAGCUGCAGGAAUAUUGGCGUCUGGUCUCUUUGCCUUUAGUCGUUUGACGUGGGUGUGGUCCAUCACAGCAGAAGUGUUCAGUCUGAACAAUCUAUUUGUGUCUCUCCUCAUGUUGCUGGCGGUUUGUCUAGAGCAGACGAAGUCUGUCAAAGCUUCAUCUCAGAUUGCACUGUUGGGAUCCUUUACUUGUGGAUUGUGUUUGUGUAACCAGCACACAUCAGUCAUUUACAUAGCUUGUCUUGUACCAUGGGUUUUUAGCAUGCUCUACAAAUCACAGACGUUAACGUGGACACUCUUUAUCAAACUGUGUCUGUGUUUUGUUGCUGGUCUUACUCCGUACGUGUACAUCCCACUCUCGGCUCACGCCAAUGUUGCACGAUGGACCUGGGGAGACCAGCGAACGUUUCCAGGCUUCGUAACCCAUCUGCUUAGAGAGGAGUAUGGCACGUUUCAGUUGCUCAAAGACCACAGUGGUCAGACAUUACUGGAAAAUAUCAGAAAAUAUGUGGAUCAUGUACGGGCAGAGUAUUCCAUCUUAAUUCUACCUCUUAUGGUUUUCACAGUACCCAGUGUCUGUAAAAGACUUGUUAGUGGUCAUCAUAGGUCUGUUGGGGUUUUCUCGGUGAUGUUCCUGGUGUAUGUUGUGUUCUUUGCCUGGAGAGCUAAUCUGGAUGUGAAGAAUCCUCUACUUCUUGGAGUGGUCGAGAGGUUCUGGAUGCAGAGUGACUUGGUGCUUGUUAUCCUGUUGGCAGUAGCUUUUGGUCACUUAGUAUGUUUGGUAUCCACAUAUAUCCCACUUGACCAUUUGAAGCUUGAUGUUAUACUUUCUGUUGCUGUGGUUGCAUUUCAGAUUCAGAGGAACUAUGCUUUAUGUGAUCAGACCGGGAAUUUGGUGAUAGAAGACUUCGCUAACUCUGUGCUUCACAGUCUUCCAAAAGACAGCAUGCUGUUGACGGAAGGCGAUUUAUCUGCCACCUCUCUAAGAUAUUUUCAACUGUGUGAACAUACUCGACCUGACCUGGCCAUUUUUGACCAACAGAUUUUGACAUAUGAAUGGUCACUUGCUAUGACCCGCACGUUUCACUCAAAGAUUGUGUUCCCUGGAGAUGUCUUUCAUCUUCACAAUGGAAAGAUGCCUGAUGGAAAAGUGUCUUUCAACUUCAAAUGUCUGUUGGAUGUAAAUUACGAAAAACCAAUAUUUACAUGUAUUGGAGUCCAAGUUCAAGACCCAUCUUGGAAGAAUUACUACGACUUGUGGCCGUAUGGUACCUGUCAUCAGAUUAUCAAAAAGGACUCCAACUUCAAUGUUAAGGAGUGGGUGCAACAGACUAAAGACAUCAGCAAGGAUUGGAACUACGAUUUCUAUGGGUACAAAUGUCAAAUACAAUAAGGUACUCUUAUAACGAACCGGAAGGAACCGUGAUGGCCAGUUCGUUAUAGCAGUAGUUCGUUGUACACAUUUGCAUAAGUUGGUCAUUCAUAUAUA